AUUGUGGGUAAAAGGAAGCGCUGGGGCCGGCCUGCUCCCCCCACGUGUCCGCCGGAGUUUCUCCACCAGCAACAUGGCCGCCGCCUGAGAGGAUAGCCGGGCCGCCGCCGCCUCUGCAGCCCGCGGGUACCUGGGCCGUUGCCGCCGUCCGCGCGGCCCCGCGGAGAGAUCGAGCUCAAGGACCGCACGGCUGGCUCUCCCCUAGUAUGGCCAAUGAAGAGGAUGACCCAGUCAUACAGGAGAUCGACGUGUACUUGGCCAAGAGUCUGGCAGAAAAGCUGUAUCUGUUUCAGUAUCCUGUGCGUCCAGCCUCGAUGACCUAUGAUGACAUUCCACACCUCUCAGCCAAGAUCAAGCCCAAGCAGCAGAAGGUAGAGCUUGAGAUGGCCAUCGACACCCUGAACCCCAACUAUUGCCGCAGCAAAGGGGAGCAGAUUGCGCUGAACGUGGACGGGGCCUGCGCAGAUGAGACCAGCACGUACUCCUCGAAGCUGAUGGACAAACAGACCUUCUGCUCUUCCCAGACCACCAGUAACACAUCCCGUUACGCCGCUGCACUCUACAGGCAAGGUGAGCUCCACCUGACACCUUUACAUGGCAUCCUGCAGCUGCGGCCCAGCUUCUCCUACCUGGAUAAGGCGGACGCCAAGCACCGGGAGAGGGAGGCAGCCAACGAGGCAGGGGACUCUUCACAGGAUGAGGCGGAAGACGAUGUUAAGCAGAUCACGGUGCGGUUCUCCCGGCCCGAGUCCGAGCAGGCCCGCCAGCGCCGCGUGCAGUCCUAUGAGUUCCUGCAGAAGAAGCAUGCAGAGGAGGCCUGGGUCCACCUGCAUUAUUAUGGCCUGAAGGACAGCCGCUCUGAGCACGAGCGCCAGUACCUGCUAUGCCCAGGCUCGAGUGGGGUGGAGAACACAGAGCUUGUCAAGUCACCCAGUGAGUACCUGUUGAUGCUGAUGCCGCCCAGCCAGGAGGAGGAGAAAGACAAGCCUGUGGCCCCCAGCAACGUCCUGUCCAUGGCCCAGCUGCGCACGCUGCCCCUGGCCGAUCAGAUCAAGAUCCUGAUGAAGAACGUGAAGGUCAUGCCUUUUGCCAACUUGAUGAGCCUCCUGGGCCCCUCCAUCGAUUCUGUGGCUGUUCUGCGGGGCAUCCAGAAGGUGGCGAUGUUGGUCCAAGGGAACUGGGUUGUGAAGAGUGACAUCCUGUACCCCAAGGACUCAUCUAGCCCUCACAGCGGCGUGCCCGCCGAGGUGCUCUGCAGGGGCCGAGACUUCGUUAUGUGGAAGUUCACGCAGAGCCGCUGGGUGGUUAGGAAGGAGGUGGCAACAGUGACCAAACUCUGCGCCGAGGACGUGAAGGACUUCCUGGAGCACAUGGCCGUGGUGAGGAUCAACAAAGGCUGGGAGUUCAUUCUGCCUUAUGACGGGGAGUUCAUCAAAAAGCACCCGGAUGUGGUCCAGCGGCAGCACAUGCUGUGGACGGGUAUCCAGGCCAAACUGGAAAAAGUCUAUAAUCUUGUAAAGGAAACCAUGCCAAAGAAGCCGGAUGCACAAUCAGCCCCACUGUCCCCUGCAGGGCCUGCCGGGCUGGUCUCUGGGGACCAGCGGAUCCAAGUAGCCAAAACCAAGGCCCAGCAGAACCACGUGUUGCUGGAGCGGGAGCUGCAACGGCGGAAGGAGCAGCUGCGGGCGCCUGCGGUCCCGCCUGGUGUGCGGAUCAAGGAGGAGCCAGUGAGCGAGGAGGGCGAGGACAACGACGACGAGGAGGAGGAGCCCAUGGACACUUCCCCCAGCGGUGGCCUCCACAGUAGGCUGGCCAACGGGCUGCCUCCUGGGCGGGCUGUGGGCACGGACAGCUUCAACGGGCAUCCGCCCCCGGGCUGUGCUAGCACCCCCGUGGCCCGGGAACUGAGGGCCUUUGUGGAGGCCACCUUUCAGAGACAGUUUGUGCUCACGCUGAGCGAACUCAAGCGCCUCUUCAACCUGCACUUAGCCAGCCUGCCCCCUGGCCACACGCUCUUCAGCGGCAUCUCGGACCGCAUGCUGCAGGACACGGUGCUGGCCGCUGGUUGCAAGCAGAUACUGGUGCCUUUUCCCCCACAGACUGCUGCUUCCCCGGAUGAGCAGAAAGUGUUUGCCCUCUGGGAGUCUGGAGAUAUGAGCGAUCAGCAUCGACAGGUUUUGCUUGAAAUUUUUUCCAAAAAUUACCGAGUACGCCGAAACAUGAUCCAGUCUCGGUUGACUCAAGAGUGUGGAGAAGAUCUCAGUAAACAGGAGGUGGAUAAAGUACUGAAGGACUGCUGUGUAAGCUAUGGUGGCAUGUGGUACCUUAAAGGGACAGUACAGUCUUGACAGUAGUAGCAAACCACUAAUGCAGCAAAUCCAAGCCCAAGGAAGAAGGGCGGAACCAGUAGAGCCUCGACUUGCUUCAGACAACAGAGCAAGAGGAACUGACCAUCUCAUGUGCAGUGGACAGAAGGGAUCAUCCUCAGCCAGUGGCAGGCUCGGUUAGAUCACUCCUGGAAGAGACCAGCUGGGACCUUCUUUGCAGUACAAUUUGAAAUUCCUGAUGUAUUUUGCUUAUUACUUGGUUUCAUUCUCAUAAUAAAGAGAGUGUAUACUGACAUGGGCAGGAUGAUAAAAAUCAUGGUUUAAGAUUUUUUUUUUGGUAAACUUAAUGCCAACAAGGUCUAAGUUAUGUUUACAACAUGAAGAAAACCUCAAACGUUUUUAAUUUUUAAAAUGCCUAGAAGACAAUAUUUAGUCUUGGAUUAUCUAAGACCUCCACUGAUUUCAUUAGACCAAAUUGAAUUGCUCUACUGUUGGGAUUCUGUGGCCACUUUACCUUUGACAACAACCUACUUUAUGUAGCAGUCUCAACUGUUUACACGAACCAUAGCAAAAAAAAAUUAGAAUCAAAUCCAUCUCCUCUUAAUGUUUGCAGAAAGAUGCAAACAAAACCAGGUAAGUAUGGAACAAUGUGUAAGUGAGGUUAUCACACUUUGAUGUAAAAAUUUCUAUUUUGUGUAUUUUUAAAAUAAAUGCUAACACUAAACUAGCA